AUGAUAAAAAAGAUCAUUCACAGACCGAAGAGGUCUCUUUUUGUGUUUAAGAAAGAGGAGUCUUUGCUAUACGGGCCCAGGGUGAAAAGCGCACCGCCGAUUGAAAUCAGCUUCGAGCCUCCCGCAAAGAUCGAGCCGAAGCUUGCGGUAAGGUUUACAAGGGCCGAUGGAACGCCGAUAAGGAAGGAAGACUUACUAGACUCGACAGACAGUGAAAUACUAAGUGAAAGCUCAGUAGAAUCAGAGACAGAGGUUGAAAAUAUACCACAAGAGGCGGAUACAGGUAAUACUCGUGAGGAAUCUGAGGAAUGCCAGAGGGAAGCUGGUGCUGAGGAAGAGCCCAGGCCUGCUCUUGAAGACAGGGCAUUGAUGCUGGACAACCUUUUGAAGAGGUUUUCCGAGCAAAAGAUUGCAGAAAACAGGGGCCCUUGUUACAGUGUUGACGAGAUUCUUAGCGUGGAAGACAGAAAGGCAAUUUCUCUUGAGCUGAAGAUAAAAACCAGGAAGGAGGCAAAGGGGGUAUACAGACCCGAUAACAACAGGAAGGAUACGUGCAUUGAGCAGGCAAGACUCGAGUUCAACAGGCUUACAGCCAAGAAUAUAGGACUUGUCAUAAAAAAUCUUAAGGCCAUUCGGGUUGGGACUAUUGAAGAGAUGAAGGAGAUAGCUAAGAUUCUGUUUGACAAGGCAAUUUCUGAGCCCACGUUUGUAAAGUAUUAUGCACUGCUGGUUCUUGAUCUGAAGAAGGAGUGGCAGUCUGAAGAGGAGAAGACCAGGGAUAUAACCCAAACGGUGUUCUUUGGAACUCUUCUUACCUUAACACUAAAGACACUUGAGAACAAGGAGAGGUGGGGGGACGAAUACGAAAGAAGGAAAGAGAUGUCAUUUGAAGAAAGAAUGGCUUACGAGGAAAAGCUUGAAGAGGCGGAAACAGAGAGGUACAUAAAGAAAAGAAGGACGCUUGGAACAAUCGACUUCCUGUCGUCGUUGUAUUCCUUAAAUGUAAUAAGUUAUGUGCACAUGAAUGCCUGUAUCAAUACACUAAUGAAGCUAGACGACUCUGAGAAUGUUGAGGUGCUAUGCUACUUGAUUGAGAACAUAGGCGAAAAGCUAGUAGUUAGCGGGAAGGAACACAUUAUAUCGAUGGUAUGCUCCAGCCUUGCACAGAAGAAAAAUAGCUAUACGAAUAGAAUUAGAUACAUGAUAGAAAGCCUUCUGGACAAAAGAAGCUCUUGGAAGCCAAGAGAGGCCAAGGCUGGAAAUGUGUUUUCUUGCCUGGAGGUUGAAAACGACUAUGGAAAUGCACAAAACCAGGGAUCUCAGGAAUCGCCUUCAGAAGAUGUGCUUCCUUUUUUGUCUUCGCUGUCAGAAGAGUUGUCUGUGGCAUAUGAGGACGAUGACAAGGAACUCCUCUCUGACAGUUUACAGAGCGGGGAGUCGAAGUUCGGAGUUAUCCCAUUCUAUUUAUCAUACUUCCAAGAAGCCAUAUCGAAUCACAAAGUCUCGGAUUUGCUUUCCGACUUUUUCAUUUCAUUCCGAAGUACAUCGAGCAUUACUGAGGAACAACUAAGAGAAGUUCUUCUGAGUCUCAAAGGCGACCUAGAUGUUCUGAAGAUCGACUUCCCCAUAUCUCCUAAGAAGUAUUCGGAGCUUAUCACAAAGCUGAGGGCAUCAAAGGUAAUAUCACAGCCACUGUUUGAGGAGCUGAAAACUUCGGACUAUAACUCAAGAGCUACAGACAUAAUUCUCAGGUGGUACAAAUCGGAUAGGGAUCGAGAAAAGGCGCUUACAAUCUUCCCGAGUGAAGCGAUAGAGAAUCUUAUUAGGAAAUAA